AUGGUUGUGCCUGCGAUCGAGGACUUCCCACAGAUGUGGCAGCGUCCCAGCUUUGACGUGCUGAUGGAGAUCCUCCAAAGCCUGGAGCUCAGCCCUCCGAUAUGGAACCACAGGCGGCGAGGCUCCGAGGUCGUCCGUGAGCAGCAAGAGACUCUCAACGCUCAGCGGAAGGGCGAGGUCACACGCUACCUCUCAUCCGUCAUCAGCAGCCCACUGGCCUGGAUCGACGAUGAGGACCAGCAGGAGCAACUGUGGACUUGUGCUAGCAAACGCAUGUCUGAGCGCUGCGGGAGAACCGCGAUGGGAGAAGUGACUAGGUCGUGGCCCUUUGUUAGUGAUGGGGUCGCGUAUGAGUCCUUUGAUCUCAUCAUCAAGGAGCCGGCUCUCACUGGCGAUUCACUCGGGUUCAAGACGUGGGGAUCAUCUUAUGUGCUGUCGCAGCAUCUUCCCGUUCUUGGGUCCACGUCCCUCUUCAAGCUGUUCGACGAAUCUCUCGGUCAGCCACGCCCAGAUGUGCUGGAACUUGGAUCUGGGACGGGGCUUCUGGGGUUGGCGGCGGCGGCACUGUGGAAAGUGCCCGUCUGGCUGAGCGACUUGCCAAAUAUCGUCCCCAAUCUCGAGGAGAAUGCCGAGAAGAACACAGCGCUCAUCGAGGCAAGGGGAGGGUCGUUGAAGGUUGGGGCCCUCACCUGGGGAGGCAAGGGUGAGGAUGAGGUUGACCCGGAGUUGUUCGGCGAGCGCUUCCAGUUCAAGAUUGUCCUUGCAGCGGACCCACUGUACGACGACGAGCAUCCAGGACUCCUUGCUUCUGCCAUUGCGCAGAACCUCGCCCUGGAUGUAGAUGCGCGUGCCGUGGUCAUGGUCCCUCAGCGAGAUGACACGACAAAGCGGCUCCUGGGAGAUUUCAAAAAGGAGAUGCUGGAACUCGACACGCCGCUGUAUUGCAUAGAGGAGGACGAACUUGCGGGUCAAGAUGACUGGGUUGAGGAUGAAGAAGGAGGUAAUGUGAGGUGCUGGUUGGGCGUGUUUUCGAGAGGAGGAUCACGGAUGAGCGAAGUUGAUCAAUGA